UGCAAGCCAUGGAUCCAAGCUCCUAUACCCAUUCACUCCUUUCCUUUGUUGUUGUGCUGGUUUUGAGUACUCCCUUGGCCUCUAGCCAACUUGAUUACAAGUUUUAUGAUUCUACUUGUCCAAACCUAACAAAUAUUGUUAGGUCUGGUGUGUGGUCAGCUGUUGCUAAUGAAACUAGAAUGGGAGCAUCUCUUCUACGUUUACACUUCCAUGAUUGUUUUGUCAAUGGAUGCGAUGGAUCUAUUUUACUGGACGACACAAGUACCUUUACAGGUGAGAAAAAUGCUGGGCCUAAUCGCAUGUCUGCUAGAGGUUAUGAGGUCAUUGAUGCCAUCAAAGCUAACUUGGAGAAGUCUUGCCCAUCAACUGUCUCCUGUGCUGAUAUCUUGACUCUUGCAGCUAGAGAAGCUGUCCAUCUUGCUGGAGGGCCUUUCUGGUCACUACCAUUAGGCAGGCGAGAUGGCACGACUGCAAGCCAAAGUGCAGCUAAUCAGCAGAUACCGUCACCUUCUGAGCCUUUAGAAAACAUCACUGCAAAAUUUACUUCAAAAGGUCUGGAAAUGAAGGAUGUUGUUGUGCUCUCAGGUGCACACACCAUAGGAUUUGCAAAGUGCAGUUCCUUCAAGCAAAGGCUCUUCAACUUCAACAGCACCGGUAAGCCGGACCCAAUACUUGGAUCAUCAAUUCUCAAUGAUUUACAGAGUACUUGCCCAAAUCAAGAUAGUUCAGACAGUAACUUGGCAGCUCUUGACCUUGUAACACCUAACAAGUUUGAUAAUGUAUAUUAUAAGAACCUCCUGAACAACUCAGGACUUCUACAAUCAGAUCAAGCUCUUAUGGGAGAUUCUAACAGUGCAGCCAUGGUUAACAACUAUAUCAAGUACCCUUACCUGUUUGCCAAUGAUUUUGGGGCAUCCAUGGUGAAGAUGGGAAGUAUAGGUGUUCUUACAGGGAAAGAUGGUGAGAUAAGGAAGAACUGUCGCAUGGUUAAUUAAAUGUAAUGAUAGAGUCUACACAGGCAAUGCUUGGUAGCUUAGAACACAGAGAAUGUAAUAGUGGAAAGAAGAGUACGUGAAGUAUGUACUUAACUUGUUGUAUUAAUAAAAUCUUUUAUCUUUGUUGGGCAA